AUGUCUUCUCCACUCAAAAAUAUCAUCAUAAUUGGUGCAGCCGGUAACUUGGGGACCUCGAUCCUCGCUACUUUCGACGCCGACCCCAACUUCAAUGUUUCUAUCCUCUCUCGCAAGUCAUCUAAAUCCGUCUUCCCAGCCCAUCUCUUUGUUCACCGGGUCAGUGACGAGUAUCCAGAAGAUGAACUUCUGGUAGCUUUGAAAGGACAAGAUGUAGUCAUUUCAACUAUAGCAACAGCUGCUGUUGAAGUGCAGCAAAAGGCAAUUAUAGAUGCAGCUAGCAAAGCCGGUGUGAAAUGCUUUAUACCAUCUGAGUUUGGAAGUGAUACGAGAAAUGAUGAAGCUAUGAAAAUCAUCCCGGCUGUGAAACUUUUCAUGGGCUUCGACUUAAAAGAACAAAAAGCUGUCAUAUACAACGAAGGUAAAGAUGCCUAUUCAACCACGACAAUGGCCUCCAUUGGCACCGCUCUCAAAAACGCACUGUUUCAUCCAGAAGAAACAGCCAACAAAUAUCUUUUCAUCUCCAGUUUUCAUGUUUCGCAAAACCAAAUUCUCGCUUCUCUUGAAAAGGCGACGGAUAAAAAGUGGGAUGUUUCAUAUGUUGAUGCAGAAGAGCAGAAGAAGAUUGGAAUGGAGAAGAUAGAAAAGGGAGAUCUCAGUGGUGCGAUGGGGUUAAUUAGAUACAUUAAUUCUGUAAAAGGAUAUGGUGGUGAUUAUACGGAGUAUGAGGAGAUGUCGAAUGAGUUGCUGGGGGUACAGAAAGAGGAUUUGGAUAAGGUUGUGAGGGGAAUUGUGGAGGGCUGA